AUGGCAGCAGUUGUCGUAAAAAUGGAAAAAGACGAAUUCCGUGCAGUGAUUAAACAUUUUUAUUUAAAGAAGUGGACGGCUACGCAGAUUAAAGCCGAAUUUUACGAAAUUCAUGAGGACUCUGCACCAGCGUUGAAGACUGUUUAUUUUUGGAUUAAUGAAUUCAAAAGAGGCCGGACAUUAAUCAAAGAUGAAACGCGUCCCGGACGUCCAGUUGAAGUCACUACGCCAGAAAUGAUUGAAAAAAUCCAUCGUAUCGUCAUGGAAGAUCGCCGAAUAAAGGUGCGUGACAUAGCUGAGAUUGUAGGCAUCUCAGUAGAUAGGGUGCAUAAUAUCCUGCAUAAAGAAUUAGAAAUGAAAAAGCUUUGUGCACGAUGGGUGCCGCGAUUGCUCGACGAUCGAUCAAAAACGCAUGCGAAAAGACAUUUCACAGCAGUGUUUGUCGAUGCGCAAUCCACAAAACUUUUGGCGUCGAUUCGUGACGAGACUUGGAUCCAUCACUAUACAUCCGAGUCGAAACAGCAAUCAAAGCAGUGGACAGCGCCUGAUGAAUGUGCGCCGAAGAAGGCGAAGACUGUUUUGUCGGCCGGGAAGAUAAUGGCCACUGUUUUUUGGGAUUCCCAAGGAAUCAUCUUCAUUGAUCACUUACAGAAGAUCAAACAAUCACAGGAGCAUAUUAUUCUAUACUUCUGA